AUGCUUUCAUUUUCUCAAUCCCCUUGCAUUUAUGAGUACCAAAAGCCUGCCUUUGAGGCCUUCGCACCUUUUAGCAUGGUUCCUGGACCCAAAAGGAGAAGAGUGAAUUACCAGACAUUAUGUGCCCCAGACGCGCGUCCUGCUCAAGCUCCAAUAAGAUGGGAUGUUACAGAGAAGGAAAACGAAUACGUGGUGUCAUUUUUCAAACGCUUAGAUGGAGAUGUUCUUGGCAAAGCCGUUCGUCGUCAUCUGCAAAGACUAAGAGAAGAACGUAAGCCAUCAUACCAUGUCGUUCGUGAUUUCUUCGGUAACGAGUACUACGUCGAAAACCGUUUUGACGACGAAGCCUUCGUUAGAGAGGCCAUGGCUACGUUAGAUAUCUCUUCGAUUCAGGCACAGGUUGCCAAGCAAGGUUUCAAAGAUUUCGAAAUCACCUUGAACCACAGUGGUGACAAACUUUUGGUGGAGAGCAACAGAGACAUGUUCCACCAAGAAUUCACGCUGGGCGUGGAAUUCCAAGACGUCUGUAUAAACGGUUUCGAAAUGGUGAACGACAAUGUUGCUGCGCUCAGAGUGGGCGUUAAAAAACCCUCAACAAGAGCAUCUUUCCCCAUCAGUCUAAGAUUGAUCGGUGAUCACGCCGAGAACAGUGAGUCUGAAGAAGACCAUUCGGAGGAAAGAGAAGAUGAACACGCAAAGGCGGAAGAAUUCCGAAAGGUAAUGCAAGAAGCUCACAGAUUGCAAGAAAGAGAGGAGCUCGCACGUCAACAAGAGGCUCACAGGUUGCAACAAAAAGAGGAGCUUGCACGUCAACAAGAAGCCCACAGAUUUCAGCAAAGAGAGGAGCUUGCACUUCAACAAGAAGCUCUAAGGUUACAGGAGGCUGAGCGUGAGAUGGAGGAGAAAGAAGCUGCGAGGUCCAAAGCCGCGAAGGCUAAAGCCGCGAAGCGCAUUGCUCAUCGAAACAAAAAGCAGGCCAUUUUGGAAAAGAAGGCAUUCUUGUUGGAGCAAAAACGCAAGGCACGUGAGGCCAAAGAGUCAAAAGAAGCAGAAGAAACUCUUGCUUCGGCAUCAAGAACUCAAACACCUUCUCCUUCGCCUGUAGUGAUUAACAUCAAUAUCAAUGCACCCCAAGAGAUACCAACAACCACAGGUACACCCGUUCAAAAAACGGCCCGUGGUCGCUCGCACUCGCCCGUUCUCGAGGACGUCGACGAUGAAGAACUUCAGAGGUACCGCCAGUCGCUUCACCUUUCACCAAGAGGGUCAUCAGUUGUUGACAACGUCUAA